CACACACACUGUGCACACACCUCACAGGCUGGACCCACGCUGCUGUCGGGGCAGAGCGCAGGCUUCACGGAGCCGUUACCAGAGAGAGGAGCGGACACAGCAGAGAGGAGAGGUGCUGCAGGAGGAGGCACGGCAUGUUCGUUGUUUCUGAGGAUCGAGAGCGCGCUGCUUUUCAUUUAUUUCAUUACUUUUGUGCCUCGCUGAGAAGCAGCUUCGGACUGGGGUUUACGUGGCUUUGAGAGCUGUUACCGUUGGACUUUUUUUUUCUUCGGGUUUCUUAUAAAGCUCCUAUCGGAGAACCAGCCAAACCCCCGUGUGCGUAAAAUCCGCGAGCGGGAGGACGCAGAGUUGUAGGGAGAUACCGGGACAGGGAGAGUCCCCCUCAUCGGUCAGAAGUUGGCGCACCCCGGACCCUGCUGUCCUGUCCGGACUCUGCGAAGCGCAGAUAUCGCCUGAAGCCUCCCAGCUGCGGAGCGCACGCAGCACUGAUCAAGGAGUUUGUUGAUUCACUGUGGGUUUUUUCUUCUUUUUUUUGGAUGCGGUUUGGUGGCAUCGCUCCGCUAAAUGGACAGAGUUAAAAGGACAGCGCUUACAAAAUAUUCAGAUUUUUCUCAAUGACAAGUAGUUGGCGCACACUUUUGUCCACCAAUGGUUUAAUAGACACCGUGGGCUUUUUACUACAGCGGUUUAGUUUUCACUGCUGGUCCCGAACGGCUGUGGAUUUUUCUUUUUUUUUUCUUUUGGAGGAACGGCAGCAUUCCAAUCCUGCAAGGUGGAAACAUUAGAUACUUAAAACUAUCUACAAGUUUUUUUGUUUUGUUUUUUCGUUUUGUGUGUGAUUCAACAUGGAUUUUGUGUUCUCGUUGGUUGGAUUUUUAAUGGCAGUGUGCCAUGUGUCGUUAAGAGUCAGAGGACAAAACGCGCCGGAGUGCGGAGGUCUGCUAGAUGCCAGCGAGGCCGGUUAUAUCACCUCCCCUGGUUAUCCUCUGGAGUACCCCCCACACCAGAACUGCCACUGGAUCAUCACGGCGCCGGAGCCCUCGCAGCGCAUCGUCCUCAACUUCAACCCUCACUUUGAGAUCGAGAGGCUCGACUGCAAAUACGACUUCAUAGAGAUCCGCGAUGGAACUUCAGAGACGGCCGAUGUUUUGGGGCGGCAUUGCAGCAACAUCGCCCCAGGGCCAAUUAUCUCAUCUGGGCCAUCCCUCCAAAUCAGAUUUGUCUCCGACUACGCCCAUCAGGGAGCCGGCUUCUCUUUGCGCUACGAGAUAUUCAAAACAGGCUCGGAAUUCUGCUUCCGCAAUUUCACCAGCCCUUCCGGCAUGAUCGAGUCCCCGGGGUUCCCAGAUAAAUACCCUCACAAUCUGGAAUGCUCCUACAUGAUCAUUGCCCCGCCCCACAUGGACAUCACGCUCACCUUCCUGACCUUCGACCUCGAGAACGACCCCCUGCUGGUCGGAGAGGGUGACUGCAAGUACGACUGGCUGGACGUGUGGGACGGUUUGCCACAAGUGGCUCCUCUGAUUGGCCGGUACUGCGGGACAAAGAUACCCCCAGAGAUCCAAUCGUCCUCCGGCCUGCUGUCCCUCUCCUUCCACACCGACAUGGCCGUCGCCAAAGACGGCUUCUCCGCCCGCUACAACAUGACACAAAAAGAAGUCUCCGACUCAUUUCACUGCAGCAUGGCACUGGGCAUGGAGUCGGGGAAGAUCAGCGACGAUCAAAUCACGGCCUCGACGUCCUUUUACGACAAUCGCUGGCUGCCGCGCCAGGCUCGCCUCAACAACGAUGACAACGCUUGGACGCCAGCAGAGGACAGCAACAAGGAAUACAUACAGGUGGAUCUUCAUUUCCUCAAGGUUUUGACCGGUAUUGCCACACAGGGUGCCAUAUCCAAGGAAACGCAGAAGUCCUACUACGUCACAACCUUCAAGCUGGAGGUCAGCACCAAUGGAGAGGACUGGAUGGUGUACCGCCACGGCAAGAACCACAAGAUUUUCCACGCUAACACAGAUCCGGCCGAGGUGGUUCUCAACCGCGUCCCGCAGCCGGUCUUGGCCCGGUUCGUUCGGAUCCGACCACAGACCUGGAAGAAUGGCAUCGCCCUCCGUUUCGAGCUCUACGGAUGCCAGAUUACAGAUGCUCCGUGUUCGGACCUGCAGGGGCUGAUGUCCGGCCUGCUCCCCGAUGCCCAGAUUUCAACCUCGUCCAGCAGGGACGUGGUGUGGAAUCCCGGAAGCACCCGUCUCGUGGCCAGCCGCUCCGGCUGGUUCCCUGCUCCUGCGCAGCCACUGGCUGGAGAGGAGUGGCUGCAGGUGGACCUGGGUUUAGCCAAGACAGUGCGCGGAGUCAUCACCCAGGGAGCGAGGGGAGGAGACGCAGGAAGUGGAGCGGCCACAGAUAACCGGGCAUUUGUCAGGAAGUACAAAGUGGCACACAGCCUGAAUGGGAAAGAUUGGAAUUUCAUCAUGGACAGCAAGACUAGCUUACCAAAGAUCUUUGAGGGGAACACACACUAUGACACCCCAGAGCUCCGGCAUUUCGAGGAGACGGUGGCCCAGUAUGUCCGGCUCUAUCCAGAGCGGUGGUCUCCGGCAGGCAUUGGGAUGAGAGUGGAGAUUCUGGGCUGUGACCUUCCAGAAACCUCAACCCCAGCAGACACCACCACACCCACGCUGCCAGCUGACGUCGAAACCACCACGGUCCCUGUCACGACUACAGCGGCCACCUCUCCUCCAUCAGACACCGUGUGUGAGUUCGACCACGGCCUGUGUGGGUGGACGCACGACCCCAACGCCCCGCUGCUCUGGUCCCUGCACAGCAACGAGCUCAACAGCUAUCUGUACAUAGACGCAAGCCUAAAGACUGAGCAGCAGCGAGCUCGGCUCUUGAGCCCUGUGUUGACCGCCGACACUGGGCCCCUGUGUCUAGUCUUCUCUUACCAGAUAUCGGGGGAGGCCCAGGGCCACCUCAGGGUCCUGGUACAGGAUGCCCACUUUGAAGAGACAGUCCUGUGGACGCUAACAGAUGAUCAGGGCCCCGUCUGGAAGGAGGGUCGAACCAUACUACCUCGAUCUCCUAAAAGCGUCCAGGUUGUGAUGGAGGGUUACUUUGUGCACGGCACCAGAGGGCACAUCUGGAUAGAUAACAUCCACAUCAGCUCGAGCACCCCACUGACGGAGUGUACACAACCCUUCGCGGCUUUUCCUCCCGAAAAUCCAGGGGGAGGCGUUCCUGUGCCUCCCUUGCCCAUCCACUGGUAUUACAUUAUGGCUGCCGGGGGCGCCCUCCUUCUCCUGGCAGCGGCCAUCUUGGUCAGAGCCCUCUGUUGCUGUCGACAACACCUGGCCACCAAGAAGAGCCAGCUGUCUGUGGCCUAUCACAGCUCUUCGCAGUGCUUCCAGUACUCUAACUGGUCCUCCAGUAUGGCCACCCCAGGGGUGGAGCCGGUCCUGACGGUGAGGUUGGACAGCCGGGACCGACACCGUACCCUCUGCUAAAAGCGAAGCGCUUAUAAGCUGCACUGUAUUCGUCAGAGGACGACGCCGACCUGCGAUGUCGAUGGCAGUGAGAGUCGUGGCGCAGCAAGAUCGACGAACCCUCACUUGCUUUAGUUUACAGCCCCCAGCGGUGAUGAUGACGACAAAGACAUUGUCCUAAAUUGCUGAGUGAUAUUUUUUUUUUUUUUUUGGCAAAGGAAACACUGUGGUCUCUCUCUCACACACACACACACGCUCUCUAAUGGAUGUAGCUUCGGUUGCUGUUUUUCCUUCCCUGUUCCAUUAAGGAGUUUUGCUGUUGACAUUUCACACUAUGCUGCUCCUGAUGAGAGGACUGAAGUCUGAGUAAGUUAUUUGUCUGAACAGCUUGAUUCGGACCAUUGAGUACCGUCUGGCUCCUCAUAACCCCAACGGUCCUUCUGGAAUGACCCCAGCGUGGACAUACACACAGGCAUGUGAGGGGGAAGAGGACGGGGAGGGGAUUCUGAGCUGGUUCUGCUGCAAGGAGCCAGCCAGAGCUGCCAAACCACGAGGCAAAAACAAGACCCCAGAGACACGAGGAACCCUGCAGUGCUGAGAGAGGCAGAGACGUGGGGGAGGGAGGGGGGAGAAAACUGCUAGCUGUGGAAAUGAUCUGGCAAGGCCCAGAAAAUGAAGCUCUUGGUAUCUCUGUAAUAACACAACCACAGGAUAGUUGCAAUAUGAGUUGUGCCAAUAGCGAGGGUGUUUGUAAGAGAGCAGAAACGGGAUGUGUGGAAGAGGGGGGGGGGGUCCAUUGUCCUUUUCAACAAAGCAUGUGCACAUUUACAAAAAAAAAACUCACAAAAAUACAAAACAAAGGAAUGCAAAUCCAUCAUACUUAAAAAGUCCUGCUUCGCAAACGGAGAUAACCAGCUCCGUUUGAUUGAACGUCUCAUCUUUCUCUCGAUAAAGGCAUCAGUCAGUGAUGGAUGCGGCCGUCUUCAGUGUUUCAGUGUUUCGUCUUGAUUCUCUUGUGUAAUAAAGCACGUUGUUCCACUCCCAUUCAUGCUUCAUACCACCCACUCCAGUUGUUCUCCGUGUCUUUGAGCCGCCCAGAUGAAAGCCGUGCCUGAGCCGAGCCUUGUCGUGUUUUCCAGUGUGAAUAUGUGCUUGUUGUUUUUAGGGUUGUAAAUAGACACAUCUGUCUGCCAUCGCCGCUUCGGUCCUUGAUUUACGCUCCUACAAAUCCCACAAUGCCACCGGACCAGCUGGAAGCCAUAAGCGAAGUGGUUUUGCCGUAUGUGUUCAUCCUUGAGAGGAAUCCAAGAUAUUAUAAAAACCAGAGCAGAGAGUUUCAGCCAUUCAGGGUUGGGCUUUUUUUUUCCUUCUUCUUUUCCUUUUUAGUGCCAUAAGAUGCCAUUAUUGGCCGGUGACAUAAAAUAAGACACAGCUAAUGCACUCCUCGCUAAUAUUUAACACAUAUGGGAUCUAAAAGCCCAUUUUUAUCGUGUAAUUGUCACCGAGAUCGACACACUGGCGGCAAUUUCUCUCUCAUCAGUUGGUACAGAGGUGAUGAGAUUUGACACGAGCUCAAUUUAACACCCUGGAUUGAAUGAAAUUGAGGUCUUCACUCUGUAGCUUAACGGGGCGUGCUUUCCCUGGUUUGUCACUGCUGCAAAAAUCCAUCACCUACAAGCCCGCAGCUCAGCAGAAAUGCACCUCAAUUUGUUGUCACAAUUUAGAAGCUCCACUUUUUUUUUUGGCACACUGUGCCCAUGUGCUUUUAAAUCAACUUGGGGGGAGGAGGGACCGGACACCCUACUCGAGCCAUCUCAACACCAUUAUGCUUCCAAGCCUCUAAUAGUCAUAAUUAGUUAAUGGACAGAUAACAUUUAUUAGGGCUGCGGUAAGCACUUUUCCCUCCCAUCCACCGCACCUCGAUCGCCCAAUCCCCUGCCAACUACCAGUUGCCCUGGAAACAGUAUUAAUAAUGCCGGUGGCCAUCAGAGACCACCAGAUCUAGACGUGUGCCUUGCCAAGCAGCUACUCCCACUCCUGACUGCUUGCCAAAAGCAAGAGAGCCCAAACACACACUCACACGCGCGGACACAAAUGUGCACAAAGUUAAAAGAAAACCCAUCUAAAGUUUAAGUACUCUCAGGCUAUUGGGCUCGAACAGUGCUGGGAGGGAGGGCUUGCCACAAUUCAGACACUCACAUCCACGUCAAUGUUCAGUUCACACCACCUGGCAGAUCUGUUACUUUCACACAAAGCACGAGCAACUGCUGACAUUUUGUCUCCAUUAUUUUUCUUUUCUUUGAUGAUCUAAUGCACCGGUCGAACAGUAAUGAUGAUUUCAGCAGCGAUAAUGACGGGAAUUGUUAAUGGUUUGAUGACAUGUUUGCAUUGUUAUUCACACUGAAUGAGCAGUCUUACACCAUCGAUAUACCAUGUGAUGACUGUGUGUUUGACAGGAAUGUAUCUGAAUGAUCUUUAUUAUUAAUAAAGUCAUAUUUUUCUAUUUAUAAGUGUGUGUAUGAGUAUGAGUGUGUAAUAUCAAAACUAGCAGCAAAUAUGAAGCAGUUAACGGUAUGCAAAGGGUUGCUGUUAUUUCUGGUGAUUGUGUAAAAAGACACUGAACUCGAGUUAGACACUUGGCGAGCAUUUAAAGGAAACCUUGUGGAGGCAAACGCCGAGCCAUGUUUUCAUUUAUUUGUUGUAAUUAUAGCUAGAAUUAUGCAUAAAUCGGAUUGGUGUUUAAAGUCAGUGUGUCCUGUGCUUCUGUC